GUAGACGAGGGAGCGGUGCACUCUCGCCGCUGCGCGUGCAGCUGUUAGUCUUUUGAUCAAGUGAUGCUGUGUACCCUCAUAUGGAUUUGAGUUGAGCAUAUACGAUAAUCAAUAGCUCACACGAGACAAGCUGAUUAAAUGGCGACCACCUCCGCGCCGACGAGUGAGCCAUGGACUUUUGACCUGGUCGGCCAGCUUAGACAGAAGUUUGGAUUGGGUCCGGAAAACUGGGAUCGCUUUAAGGGCCAGGCGGCCGAGGUGCCGGGAGCCGAUGUUCCGCCCUCUGGCGCGCACGUCACGCUUAAGGACCUGUCCAGGCCCGCGGAGUCGCUGCCGGCUCGCGCCGACGAGGCGGCUGUGCAGGCCGCGUUGGCGGACGACGGCGGCUGGGUGGGCACCCCCGACCCCUCCAAGUAUGCCGCCGGCACGACGCAGCUGAGCGCCCGGGAGCUGCAGGAGGAGGUGGCAAAGGGCAACGUCAUGACAUGGAAGGAUUUCAAGCAGCAGGUGUCGGGGCUGCAGGGGCCGGAGCGGGAGGCGCUGCUGGCGCUGGUGGCGCAGCGCGUGGCGGCGGAGCGCAUGUUCUUCACACUGGAGGACGGCAGCAAGGUGUCGCUGUGGGACCUGCAGCAGUACGUGGACAACAACCCCGAGUUGGCGGCGCUGGCGGCCAGCGUCAGGCGGAUAGCCGUGGCGGACCCCGAGGACCCCGCCGGCCGGCCGCUGCCGGGCGGCGGUGCCAGCGGUCUGGAUCGCAGCCGCGGUCUGACAGGUGCCGCGCACAUGAGCGGCCAGGAGGCGGAGGAGCUGGAGCUGGACUGGGGCCAGGUGGGCCGCGGCGCGCUGUGGCGGCGGCGGCCCACUCGCUGGCUGCUGGGCGGUCUGGACGGCGUCAAGGACUGGGAGCUGGAGGCGUACGCACACGAGCCGCUGGCCAACCAGCUGCUGGGCGCCAAGUACGGCGGCCGCGACCCGCGUGCUGUGGUGGCGGACCCCGCCUACGCCGCCGACGUGCUGCGCGCGGGGCCGCUGCUGGGCAUGACGUUCGUGCUGCGUGCGGCGCGCGACCUGCCCCUGCAGGAGGUGGCCAGCUCCUGGCGCGGGCUGCUGGGCAACUACCUGCAGCGCCAGGCGCCGCUGAGCCUGCCCAAGGCCGUGCGCCCCGCACACCUGGACCCCACCGACCUCAACGGCGUGGCCUGGCCCGCGCUGCUGUCGCGCCCCGCGGCGGCGGCGCACGCGGCGGCGGAGGCGGAGGCGGCGGGCGCCGUCCCUGACGACGAGAUGGGCGUGGCGUGGCGGGUGCAGAGCGGCAAGGAGGCGGCGGCCAGCGUGGCCGCGGCUCAGCAGCUGCUGCAGUCGCUGCCGGACGCGCUGUGCCCCGGCCCCUCGCCCGCCGCCUGGCCGCUGACGGGCACGAAGCUGGUGGAUGAGGGCGGCCGCAACUGGCGGCGGGGCGGCAGCGUGUGGGUGACGCUGCAGCCGGAGGGAGGCGUGCUGGUGCAGGCACAAACCGGCGGUGUGGUGGGCGAGCAGGAGUCCUACUUGCUGACACACGUGCAAGGACAGGAGGCGCUGGCGGGCGCCGUCAUGUCGGCCUUCAUGGGGCCGCAGCCGCUGGACCCGGAGCUGGCGGCGGCGGCGAGGUCGGUGCUGCUGGUGCCGGCCAACGGCUUCACGGCUGCCAACAAGGAGCGCGACCCCAACCACCCACUCUACCCCUCCUUCACCGGCGUGCGCCCUGGCCGGGCACCACGCGACGUGGCCGCGUACACCCUGGCCGGAGGCCGCACGCCGCUCCUGGCCGCGGGCGGCCCCGGCGAGGCAAAGCUAGCGUCCGAGCUGCGGACCGUCAUGGAGGCAGCCCUCGCCGCCGCAGCUCGCGCCGAGGCCGAGGCAUUGGCGGACGCGGCGACCUCCCCGUCUUCCACGUCCUCGCGCGCCGCACCCGCAGCGGCCCUGGCGGAGGCGGAGGCGGCGGAGGCGCGCCGCGCGCGCGGCCGCGCCGCUGCGGCGGCGGUGAUGGCGGAGGGUCUGCGGCGGUUGGGCCCGGAUGCGGUGGCGAUGCUGGAGCGAACGGCGGCGGAGGCGGAGGCGCCGCAGGGUGGCGGCGCGGUGGUGGUGGCGGGCGCUGGGUCCGCGUCAGGGGAGAAGGGCGUAGGGCUGACGAGCAGCGACAUCUUCAGCCUGGCGCGCACGUUGGAGCAGGAGUGACGUGGCUGAUUACCAGUGGUGUUGAGCAUGAUAUCGUGGGGUGUUGCCAUCCUCAGUUGAGGCUAGACGUCAGGUUUGUGUGGGUCUGCCUGUGGGGCGGGCAACCGUGCUGUGUGCGUGCACCAAGGGCGAGGAAGUACAGGAAAUGCGUGUGGUCGUCCAAGAGAGGUAGGGGCCGGGGUAGGGCGGGGGUUUGUGGCCCUUACACAAGUAGACGGCGGUGGUUUCGCGCUCCAACAGAUCCGCUUUUGCGUAACGCUGAACUCUCGGAAAAGCUCGCUCACAUGCGUGCUCCAGUCAACUCGUUGCUCGCGAGGCCAUAAGCGGAUUUGAUCGUUGACACCAAGUCUGCAUGGCAUUUGCAGCUUGUAAUGCUACUGCGCU